GCCAUGGCGGAGAUGGACGACGGUGAUGAGCCAGGUUUAGGACACUCUCACAGCGGUUCUUCUGGGUCCAAAUCAGGGGGAGACAAAAUGUUUUCCCUGAAGAAGUGGAACGCGGUGGCCAUGUGGAGCUGGGAUGUGGAGUGUGACACCUGCGCUAUUUGUCGCGUUCAAGUCAUGGAUGCCUGCUUGAGGUGUCAGGCCGAAAACAAACAAGAAGACUGCGUUGUGGUGUGGGGAGAGUGCAACCACUCCUUCCACAACUGCUGCAUGUCCCUCUGGGUGAAGCAGAACAAUAGAUGCCCACUAUGCCAACAGGACUGGGUGGUACAGAGGAUCGGCAAGUGAAGACUCAAGCUUCGUUACCCACAUCUCCUCCGUCCACUUUGGCACUACUCCGCUUAGGGAGACCAGACUGACUUCAGAGCAUCUCGAGGUGCUUAGUGUGUAAGAAAACCUCGGCGUGUGCAUGUAUGCGACCAUGGAGGCAAAAAUCCAGAACUUUAUCCCUCUGUCACCUCAUACAGCAUUAAGAAGACAUCCGGCAAGAUUCACUUAAGGGUGUGAGCGUGACUUCAUGUGCGUUGAUCUAACUGUGAGUGUGUGUUUUAAUUAUGUUAGAAAUAAAUAAAUAAAGCUGAUG